GGCGGGAGUAUGGCCGGCAGGGGGAGCCUGUGAUGGAGCAACAUGCGCAGUGCGCAGCGGGACUUGAGAAGUGUAGGACGUCUCCCAGGCUGGCAAGAAGCCCUUCACGUCACAGACGCACACCAUUCCGGCCGCACUGCCAUCUCCCAGCCACGAUAACAACCUCCUCUCCUCGUCUCGCUCAUCACCAUGGGUUCCACCGAGCGCCGCCUUUCCUCCAUCACCAUUAGUGCCGAGAGUGACGACGAUAGUUUUGACGAACUGCUCUCCUCCAUCGGGUUUGGCCCGUGGCAGGGAAUCAGCGUGUUGGUAGUGCUCAUCAGCUGAUUGAGAUUUCUGAGUUUGACGAACACAACCAGACCGAUUACUUCGACGAGCGGUGCCUGCCUCCCUCAGAGCAAGAUGAAAACUACACGUGGCUGCAGCAGCCCAAUAACUCCAUCAUCACCGGCAUGAAGUCAUGUCCCAGCAUUGAAUAUGACCAUUCCCUUUUCUCCUCUUCUAUUGUGUCUGAUUUUCACCUGGUGUGUGAAGAGUUCCACAUGCAGGCGUUCUACCAGAUAGCGUACACAUUCGGGGGAGCCCUGGGCAGCGCCAUCGGAGGCUCCAUAGGAGACAGGUUUGGACGGUUGCGGGCGGUUCAGUUGGGCGCAGUGCUGUACCUAGGAGGGACUCUGGCAAUGGCCUUCGUGCCGCUCUACGAGGUGGUGUUACUGAUGCGUGUCAUACUGGGCUUCGCCAACACAAGCAUGCUUGUGACGGGCUGGAACAUGGUCAUAGAAGGAUCCCCGCCAACAGCCAGAACCCUAGCGGGCAUGUUGAUGGGGCUGCCCUUCUCCCUCUUCAUGAUGCUCUUAGCAGGUGUUGGCUACUUCGUCAGAACAUGGCAAAACCUUCUUCUAGCGUGUACCUCCCCCGUGCUCCUUCUCAUCCCACUCUCUUUCAUUGCGGACGAGUCACCGCGGUGGCUGCUACAACAAAACCGAAGCAAGGAAGCUUACACCAUACUACAGAGAGCCGUCAGACUAAACAAAGCAAAGAUUAAUGGUGAUCUAUCCACAAUUGUGGAAAAGAUUGCACUGGGGAGCAAAGAGAAAUGUUCAGAGAAUUCGGAAAUGCCCGCUUCUAUGUACGCUAAGUGCAUGAGCGGCCUUCAUGAAAUGAUGGAGUACUUCCGAAGUCCAGGCAUGAGAGUCAUUCUCAUCGUCUCGCCGAUCAUCUGGUUCUUCCAGAGUUUUGUUUACCUUGGUCUGGCCAUCAACGCCAACAACUUCUCCAGCAACGACCCUUUCCUGUAUGUGGCAAUGACAGGAGUGAUGGACUGUGGUUCGAUUAUACUCUCCACACCUGCUACUGCUUUCCUGGGACGCCGUGUUAUGAUCGCCACGGAACUCUUUGUUGGAGGCGCCCUGCUUCUGCUGGAGCUCGUCGUUCCUAAUGAAUACUCGUGGGUCAAGUGGGUGCUGGUCAUGGUCGGCUUCCUGCUGGUGGCCGGCGCCUUCCAGGUCAACUUUGUGUAUGCGCCCGAGCUUUUCCCGACCCUGGCUCGCACGAGGGGCUUUGCUUUCGUCAACCUUGCGGGGAACGUUGGGUUCAUGUGCGCCCCGCUCAUCACCACCAACCUGGCAAAAGUAAAUAGCUGGGCCCCUGGAGUCGUAUUCGGCUGCUCUGGUAUAUUUAUCAGCCUCCUAAUGCCGUUGCUCCCGGAGACCAGAAAGAAACCGCUGCCCGAGAACCUCCAAGACGUGGACAAUCGAUGGAGGGAGGGCAAGUUCAAGAAUAAAUCUAAAGCUGCCGGCGUAGAGAAUCUGGCAUACACACAUGAUGGCGGGCGGGACUUGUGUUCAGUGAAGAAUGGCACAGUUUCUAGUAGCGCGAAAGCGGAAUAGAUGCAGUUGUUGAUUUCAAAGAUCUCAUUAUCUCAACAAGAUCAUCCACCUUAUUUCUUCAUUUUCUUGUAAAACGAACGCCCACUGUUUGACGCUCAUAUAUUCUACAUUUUCCUUUCCUAUGCUUCAUUUUUACUUCAUUAUAAUUCAUCACUAUUACUGAACUCAUCUUUGUCUGCACUGUCAUGUGAGGUCAUUUAGGUAUACAUACUGUACCAGUCACGCAGUGCCGCACAAAGUUAACUUGUCUAUAGUCUCAGACAAAUUCAUUAUUUUCACUACAAUAAAGGAUUCUACACAGUUUUCGACAACAAAAUGAAAAAUAAACAGAUGGGUGGGUGGUGGAGCUAUUGUGUUCAGCAAAUAAUAUAUCCCAUCAAAGCAUUCAGCACACUCCGCUCACUACCGAGAAGGCCCGGGCUCGAGUCUCGGGCGCGGCAAGGCAAAUGGGAGAGCCUCAUAAUGUGUAGCCCCUGUUCACCUAGCAGCAAUUAGGUACGGGAUGUAACUCGAGGGGUUGUGGCCGCGCUGUCCCGGUGUGUGCUGUAUGUUGUGUGGUGGGGCCCGCCGUGGUACAGUGGAACCAUGCGUGCUUUGGGCUCCGCGAGGUCUCCAAGCGCACAUGUUCGAAUCCUGUCCACGGUCCGAGUGUAGGUUGGGCUUUCUCACUCGGGGCAACGGUUUCGUAGUGGAUGGGCUUUGAGACAGGAGGUACCCCCAAAAAGUAUCCCCCUUUUUUAGUAGUCUCAGUCCAAACCGAAGAUCCGGUUUAUGAGCUCUUAGCUCGUUCCGUAAUGUGGAGAGCUGUCUGGUUGACCACCAGGCUACCGGUGAAUUAUGAAUUUGAGUACAUUUUAUUAAUCAAAACCGAAGCACUUUGAAACGAAUUUUGCCUAACAAUCUCUCAAGUCCAGUUUACCUACAAAUACUGAUCUGUCUGUCAGUCAUAAAUGCAUACACAUAAGAAGCCUCAGUACUCCUCGUCAGGCAUAUCGUCUCACCUUGUCUUCAUCCACUGCAAUGGCAAUCUCUUCUAACUCGGCUCCAUCAGUAGAGGUGAGACUUCUAUUGAUAAGAAAGAGAUGACGAAACAACUUGUGUUAGCACACAAGAUGCAACCGUCCCGUGAUGGAAUAGAAAUGAGCGCGGCGGACAGUCUGUGCAUGGGUGUGUUGCGACGCUCGCUCAUCUGAAGAGGUGUUGCAUUUCUGUUAUGAAUAUGAUUAAAGUUUAACACCAAAAGAA